GGCGCUUCGCGACGUCCGAGGACAACAUGUCGGGGAACGGAGGCAACCUGGAGUAAGCCUGCCGCUAAACUGCGCCCCGCCGUCAGGAGACCGCCGGAGCAAAUCAAUACAUACAUACCGGGAGUGUCGGGGGGAGUUGUUCCCGGCUGAUCCUCCGUCUGAGAAGAUGGGAGAUGCGGCGGAGGACAUCAUCCUCAGGGGGAUGAGACGGACCUUCAUCGUCCCCUCCAUCAAGAGCUUCGACCACUACGACUUCACCAGGGCCAAGAUCUCCUGCAGCCUGACGUGGCUGGUGGCCAAGGCGUUCGGAUCGGAUGCAGUACCAGAGGAGCUGGCCGAGCCUCUAUACAGGGACCAGUACAACCAGGAGCACCUGAAGCCCCCGGUGGCCUGCCUGCUCCAGUCCGCGGAGCUCUACUGCCGGGCGGGAAGCCUGAUCCUCCGCAGCGAUGCUGUCAAACCGCUGCUGGGACACAACGCGGUCAUCCAGGCCCUGGCCCAGAAAGGCCUGUACGUCACCGACCAGGACCGGCUGGUCACUGAGAGAGAUCUGGCCAGCACGCCGAUACACAUGAGCUCCCAUCUGGCGCUCAUUGACACCCUGAUGAUGGCGUACACUGUGGAGAUGGUGAGUGUGGAGAGGGUGAUGACCUGCAUCAACAGGUGCUCCUCCGCUGAGCCCUCACACAUGGACGGGCACCUGCAGGAGCUGCCUUACGACACCGAGGAUGCAAUCCACACUUGGAUCAACAAGGUGAAUGAACACCUGCGGGACAUCCUUGUUGAAGAGCAGAAGCUGAGAGAGGCUUCCCCCCAGGAGUCAGAUGCGACAACACACAAAUCUCCUUGCAAAUGGUACUGGAGAUUAGUACCUGCUCGUUACAGGAAGGAUCAUGCCCAGCAGAUGAGCGCUCCAUCGCUCCCCCUGGUGGAGAACCUGCUGAAGGACAACACAGACGGCUGCGCUCUGACCACCCUGCUGCAUUUCUACUGCCCACAGGCCAUCAGGCUGGAAGAUAUCUGCCUGAAGGAGACCAUGUCUUUGGCUGACAGUCUGUACAACCUCCAGCUGGUGCAGGAGUUCUGCAGGGACAACCUCAACCACUGCUGCCACUUCAGUCUGGAGGACAUGCUCUAUGCACACGCGUCUAUAAAGAGUAACUACCUGGUGUUUAUGGCUGAGCUUUUCUGGUGGUUUGAAGUGGUUAAACCCUCAUUUGUACAGCCCAGAGUCUUUGAUCCAGACGCCUGUGAGCCUGUAUCAGCCUGUAGAAACAUGGCUCCUGUUUCCAGUCCAAUCAAACAGAGCUAUGCAGACGGACCUGACAGCCCCGACAAUGCCCCUGCACAGGGUAUAAUGAAGAGGUCCGCCUCCAUGUCCUACGUGGAUGGCUGUGUUGGGACAUGGCCCAAAGAAAAACGCUCCUCCUGUCGGGGAAUCUCCUUUGAGAUUCCUCUGGUCGGGGACCCGACUGUGCUGCCCGGCGAAGCUCCCGCUCUCGGCGGUAUGACCCGCUCGGCCAGCAGCGACGGUCUUGGGUUCAAAGUUCACUAUGCAUCUCGAGGGGGCAUGAAGCGCCACCUCUCCCUCAUGCCUGUCAAUGUCAACGGCCAGGGCAGACACAUAGCCGAGGAAGACGAGGAGUUCACCUGCAACAAACCCCUCGGGCGGAACAACACAUUCUCAGUCAAGAACCAAAGCAGGUACUCCAAUGGUGUCUUCCCAGAGAGCAAUCACCACGGCAACCGCAGAAGCCACAUUAGCCCAUCAACUCCUCCGAGCAUUGAGGAGGCCCUCAAGAUUAUCCACGACACUGAAAGGCCCCACGCUAGUCUGGGCGUGGGGGACGGAGACAAUGGCUUCUUUCUGCACGGCACGGAGCCUCCAGACCCUACGGACGCUUCAGGGGCCAAAGGUCAAGGAGACGAACAAGGUUCAGCCGAGGCUCGGCUGAACGACCACGACCCCAACUCUAUGUCCACAGACGAAGUGGACACAGGCAUCCAUGUGAGGACAGAGGACAUUCAGAGCUUGGAUGAGGACUCCUCCUCCCUGAGAGACUAUUCAGACAUCGACCCCGACUGUGAGGCCGUGACCCGGUCGUGCCCUCUGCCUGAACAGUCAGAGAAGGAGAAAAGCAGGGAAAGGGGGCGGGAAGGAGUCAGUGGUGCCAACCACGAGGGCGAGAUGGGAGAUGGGAGUGAGAGGGGCAGCCCCUGUCCCAGCUCGGCACCCACAAUCCAGAGAUCCCACCCAGGCAGCCCCGCCUCCUCCUCUGGGGGCUCUGGAGGAGGCGUGGUCCGGAUGACCAGCUUUGCAGAGCAGAAGUUCAGGAAGCUGGAGGGACGAAGUAGCGGAGGAACCACGCCGGAGAGUUCCGAUCUCAAUGUGCCGUAUACACAACUGCCAAAAAGCAUCUCUUUUCAGAUGUCUGCACCUCCUUUGCCAAUCACAUCUCCCUCCCCUGUAACGCCCUCCCCCCGAGACCCCUCGCAUCUGAUAGCCACUGAGAUGAUUCAGCUGAGGAUGAAGCUGGAGGAGAAACGGAGAGCCAUUGAAGCCCAAAAGAAGAAGGUGGAAGCAGCUUUCACCCGCCACCGCCAGAGGAUGGGCAGGACCGCCUUCCUAAAUGUAGUGAGGAGAAAAGGAAUCACCGCUCCCCUCAGCCCGAGCGCGGCAGAAGCGCCGUCUCCAGAACCACCGACGGCCUCCAAGGAAAGCAACCAGGGCAGCAUGGAGCGGGCGGAGAGGUGCAAGCCAGACGGGGCAGCUCCUAAAUCCCCGUGUGAGGAGGGUGGAGGGACGUCUCCGGGAGAAAUCGACCUGACGGAAUACACUCGCUCCAUUGAGAGGAUGAACACUUCGUUGGGCUUCCUGCAGACAGAGAUGCAGCGUUUGGCCCAGCAGCAGGAGAAGAUCAUGUCCAUGAGGGAGGAACAGCAGCAAUCCUGGGUCAUUCCUCCUCCCGCUCCGUCUCCACACAGGCAGCUGCGCGAGUUGCGCAGCAGCAGCGUGACCGGCCGAGGGUCGGGUCGAGGCUCCGUCGGGUCCUUAUCUCCCAUCCUUUCUUCCUCCGGCUCUCCUCGCCCUCCCAACCGCUCCCCCGCAGGCAUUAAGCGGCGUCCGGCCUCCUUCCACGCCAGGACUCCCAGGACCCCGCGACCAAACGAUCUGAAGGUCACGCCUUUCAGUCGAAUGCUAAACACCCAGACCUCAGUGGACAGCCUCCCCCGGCUAAGACGUUUCAACCCCAGCCAGAACCAGAACAGCUCGUUUGCUUACCUGGGCCACGACGAGGGGCCUCUGGAAGGACAAAACCAAGAGGCCAAGGACCACAGAGAAAACACCAAGGACAAAGAAGAUCUGGUGGUGAAGACGAGUGCUGGCACUCCUCAGCUGUCUGCUAAAGAAGCAGCCAAAGAGAAGGAAGAUGAGCGACAGAAGGAAAGGACGGGGGAAGUCCAGCCGGCGAGUUCAUCGGAGGUGUUGAGUCAACCGGUGUCUGAGAUCCAAAGGCCCACAGGCGGCCGGGUCAGGGAACAACCCCAGGACAGAAGACACCUGGUGGAGGUGACUCUGUCCGGGCUGAAACCUCCAGGAGGACGACCCGGCGGCCCCGAGACGGGAGGGGGCGAAGGAGAUGUAGAGGCGGGAGGUGACCCACUUGGAAAAGACCAAAAAAUGUGCUGUGGAUUCUUCUUCAAGGAUGACGUGAAAGCGGAAGAGGACAUGGCAGCAAAGAAAGCAUUUCUGCUGGAGAAGAGGCUCCGUAGGGAGAAAGAGACCCAGGAGAAGAAGCAACAGCAGGAGGUGGACCACGAGCAGAAGAGGGAGGCCGCGCGUUUGAAAGCUGACGAGGAUCAGCAGAAGAAGGAUCAGGAGAAGGCCAGGAGGGAAUACAUCAAGCAGGAGUUCAUGAGGAGGAAUCAGCUGAAGCUGAUGGAGAACGUGGACGAGGUCACCAAGCCCCGAUCUGGGAGUCUCAAGAAGAAGCCGCGGCCAAAGUCCAUCCACAGGGACGUCAUGGAGUCCCUCACGCCCCCCGUGAGAGCAACAGGCGUGCGUCCUCGAGGCUUCUCGGUGUCCAGCAUUUCUUUGGCGUCGCUCAAUCUGGCCGACGACGACCAGCCAAAUAACAGGAAGAACAACAGAGGCAAUAAAGUAGCCCACGUCCCGUUCUUUCUUAGCUCUCCCAAAGAGAGAAAGGGAAGGCCGGACUCUGCAGAGGGUUUUUCUUCUUGUCCUUCGACCGGCAGUCGCAACGAAGAGAAGGAUUGGGAAAAUGACUCCACCACCUCAUCCACGCCGUCCAACAACGAGUACACAGGACCCAAACUAUACAAGGAGCCGAGCGCCAAGUCCAACAAGUACAUCAUCCAAAACGCCCUGGCUCACUGCUGCCUGGCCGGCAAGGUCAACGAAGGGCAGAAGAACAAGAUACUUGAUGAAAUGGAGAAAUCCGAAGCCAAUAACUUCCUUUUGUUGUUCCGUGACGCCGGGUGCCAGUUCAGGUCCGUGUACGCCUACUGCCCGGAGACGGAGGAGAUCACCAAACUGGCCGGCAUCGGGCCGAAGAGCAUCACCGUCAAGAUGAUCGAGGGCCUGUACAAGUACAACUCGGACCGGAAGCAGUUCAGCCUGAUCCCGGCCAAAACGAUGUCCGCCAGCGUGGACGCCAUCACCAUCGCCAGCCACCUGUGGCAAACCAAGAAGCAGGCCACGCCCAAAAAACUGCACGCCAAGUAGCACCAAUGUGGCCGGGCGGGCGAGAUGUGGACUCUCUGGAAAGAACACGGGAGGAGAAUUUGUGUAUUUUACGUUUUUUUUCAUUCGACGGACACGCGGCGCCGCCGCAAUAAAUCACAACUGGAAUGUAGAACACAAGUGGGUGCCAUAGACGUUGCUGUUUACUGAGUUGACUGUUACGCUCCGAAGUACCUAAACGCAACACGAGUGUUUACUAGCAUGUGUAUCGAUGUUCAUAUGUGCCAAAAAAAAAGAGAAAGAAAAAGGAAUAAAGGGGGACCGAUACCGUACGAAGUUGAACCACUGAAGCGCUGAAUGUCACGCCUCACCAAGAGGCCGUUUGGUUUCUACACGUUUGAUCAUGUGUGGCCUUAUGCUUGUUUUGUUGUCAUACGGAUGAGCUGUGUGUUGGCGUCAGUGUGUCAGCGCCUGUUGAAACACACUAUUGUGAUACAGGAGAGUUUGUGUGCACUCGCGGCGUCUGGGAUCAGAUUACGCCCUCUUCAGUUGUUACAGUGAGUCUGUCCGAUCCGCGAUCAGGUGGAAGCAACAUCUUUUAUAGGAAUUAUGAGUUACGAAACAUGAGUCUUUAGUUCUUGCAUUUUCUUUCUUACAUGUGACUGAAAAACAUUUAAACAAUUCCAAUUUGUGUACGUGUGCAUAGUGACGUGCCAAGAAGAGUGAGGAAAAUACCUCAGUAUGUGAUUGCAAUUACUUUCCCUAUUGAGCAUAUGGAGUAACAUGAAACAAUUCUGCUAGAGACUUUUAAUUUAUUUCAUUUUCAUUAUGCUUUUAAAGUUAUUCUGUCUUAGAUUUAUAUUCAGAGGAACAUAAUAUACUGUACGUAUAUAAGUUAAGUUUGUAUAUGGUUGCAUUUCGAUCCUAAAUGAGCAAGUCCGCUUGCAGUAGCUUUUAUUAUUUAUCACGUAUGAGUAUCAGUGUAUUGUCCUUUGGGGCCUUAAUUGUGCUACAAAUACAAAAAGUGUGAUCACUCAGAAGCAACUCUGGUAAGGCGAUUAUCAGUAGUAGAAUAUACAUAAUCCCAACCUGUUUCAUCUGUCUGUGCAAUUUUAGAGUAAUUGAAAUAACCGCCAUGUUGCAGUUGGAACUAACAAAUACUUAAAAUGCCACUUUAAUGUGGAUAUUGUCUUAACUGUUAGAGCUUGGUAACCCUCAAAGUAGAUUGUAAAUAAAUGAAUCCAUGACCGUGACCCAUCGUUUCCGCUGCAGGACGCUCGUGCUUGUUACUUUAGUUUUUCCUUACUUUAUCACAUGUUACUCCAGCAUGUGUUGGCACUGUACAUAUAUAUAUUUUGGCAUAUAGAAGUAUUUUUUGUAAUGACAUUGAACUGUUGGAGUGUGUACUAAUGAAGCAGUGCAUCUGUUGAAGGAAGUGUGUAGAAAGCAGAGGAAAGCUACAUGAAAUUUAUUGAGGUUUUAAUGUGGUGUUAUAUAUAAAUCCAUUAAGCAAACUGAGAAAAUCAUUGCAUUUUUUUCCAACUCUGAAUCCGUUUUCUUUUCAAUUUACUAAAUAUGCACAGCUGUUCACGGGGUUCUGUUGUUUUUCUAUUACUUUGAGCUUUAUUAAAAUUCCAACUAUCAACAGUA